AUGCCCGACCCUACUCUCCUCAAAGUUGCCGGAUAUGGCUCCCUCGUUGUUGCUUUCACACAUGCGGCUGCCGCGAAAGAAUUUCAGAACCUCCGGGCCUUCCAGGAACUGCCAAACAUCGCAUUCACACGCAGCACUGUCGGAUGGUACCAAGGAAGCGGGUUUUUGAUUUUGACUGCUUUGCUAAACCUCAGCUGGGCGCAAAAUCCAAAAUCUUUGGAUGAGCCACUUCAACGUUCCAUGGCUGCUCUGCUCGUUCUCAUUUCUUGGGCGAGCUCUGCUUGGUAUAUUCGGAGAGGAGUAAAGGCUAGUGGAUUUCUCACGGCAUUUGCCGGUGUACUUCAGGCAUGGGCAGCUCUUCAGUGA